AAGAAAUCUUCAAGUGAAAAUCCUCUAAAAAGAACAUCAAAAAAUGAUGAACCCCAAAAGCACCUUCAUCUUGACCAUACUACUCAUCAUCUCCGCUUCACUGUCCGCAGCUACAAGGCCGGACCAUUUCGAACCCUUAUCGUCUUCUUCCCAGCAGAAGCAAAACAAAGGCAGCAAAACAAGCGACCAGAACAAUAACAACAAUGGUGGGAUCGGUGGGUUGUUUGGGCCGGGCUCGGCUGGGUUUGGGAUUCCGGGGUGGGGAAAUGGGAUCAUAGGCGGCGGUUAUGGGGCCGGAGUGGGAGGUCCGAAUGGAGGUUACUCGAAAGGUGGCGUGAUUAGGCCGAGUGUUGUUUGCAAAGAGAAUGGACCUUGUUUCAACAAGAAGCUCACCUGCCCUGCUAAGUGCUUCGACUCGUUUAGCCGCUCCGGGAAAGGGUACGGCGCCGGUGGCGGUGGUGGCAGCUGCACCAUGGAUUGUAAGAAAAAAUGUAUCGCUUAUUGUUAAGUGGGUAAUAUAUAUAUAUUUAGUACUAGUAGCUACUUAUUGUACCACGCAUGUAUGAUCAGAUGCAUGGAGUUUUUAAUGAGUAAAAUAUAUACUCAUAUUUAUGUACUAUAUUGGGAGUGAGUUUUGUCUACCACUACUGGUGGGAUAAACUAAUAUAU